CUCACAAAGCACAAAAUUCCUGCAUACUUAAGCCCGAAUUGCUGCCCUCACGUUUUCUGUCUUUAAUUCUUCUCUUCUUCUUCUUUUCUUUUAAUUUUCUUCUUCCAAUCCAUUUUAUUUGGCUUGCCUGGAUCAAUUUUCCACGUCUUUGAAUGUGGGCAUGAUCAGAUUCGGAUUGGGCAAUAUAUAUUUUUGAGGAGUAUUGAGAUUGUGCUCUCCUGCUUGGGAUGUUUAUCUAGUGGGGGAAUAAAGUAUAUGUUGUAAUAGUCUCCAGCACUAGAGAUUUCCUCAAACGAAUGGUUAUGAGCUCUGUGGAAGUUUGCAUGGAUUCCAGUACAAAAUGGCAGCCGAACAUGAUGCAGGAGAGAGGGCUAAAGCCUCCGGGAGAAAUGUUGUCAUGCUCCCAGCCCUUGUUAGAAAGAAGGCCGGUUAAACAGCAAACAGAUCAGCAAGUCUUGAACUGUCCUCGCUGUGAUUCAACCAACACCAAAUUCUGUUACUACAAUAAUUACAGCUUAUCCCAACCCCGGCAUUUCUGCAAAACAUGCAGAAGGUACUGGACCAGAGGCGGUGCCCUUCGCAAUGUUCCUGUUGGAGGAGGUUGUAGAAAGAACAAGCGUACAAAGAGAUCAGGGAUGGGUGACAUUCAUUCAGGAGUAGCACCACCCACUUCCUCCUCUGGACUUGCUCCCUCUUCAACUGACCUAGCUAUAACAAAUCCUUUGCUUCAUCAGAAUCAAGCUAGUUCUAUGCACUAUGGACUUCCUAGCAGUGGGAAUGAUAUAAAUCUCAUCUUUGCUAGAAUCCAACAAGCUGCAAGACUUGGUGACAGAUCUUUCAUGUCCAAUUUCAGUAGCAAUAAUAUGGGACUUGGCCAAUCUUCCAUGAUGCCUCCAAACCUGGUUUCAUCUCUUCUCAAUAACUCACAUUCAGCAGCACUCAAGUCCUCUUUCUCAGGAUUUGAAUUUCCUGGCCCAAUUAAUGCUCGCCAUGAUCAUGGGAAUGAAGAUUACUGUUCUUUCCUGGAAGCCAACCCACAUAUCACACCUCCACACAGCAAUCUGGGUAUGUUCAGUGUUCCUACAUCAGCAGAUAUGAUUAAUAACAGUACCGAUUCUUCUAUUCCUUGGACCAGGUUGAAUCAGCCACCAAAACAUCCUCUAUCACUUAUGCAAGAGGAGCAUCAUCCAAUGAGUGGUGGUCAUGCCUUGGCUCCUUUUAGCUGUGAGGAGCAUACAAUAGAGAAAUCAAAAGUGAAAGUUGAGGAACCAGAUCAAAAUAAGCUUGUUUCAGACUGGCAAAUGGUACCUGGUGCAUCAGAAAAUCUAUUUCAUAGUGGUGGGGAUACUUCUGAUUACUGGAAUGGAGGUUCAUGGCCAGAUCUCAUUGGCUCAUCCACCAGCCCAUUAGUUUAACAGUUCGAGAAGAGAAUUAUCAAGUGGGGGGCACUCAUAAAUGUCUUUCUUUCUCUUCGAUAACUACCCAGGCAGCCUCCAUUCAAAUUGGUCAGAGUUGAGAAGCUCAUCAAUUGUUCGGCAUUGCUAAAUUGGCUGAAGAAUUUACAAGGCAUGACAUGAACAGUAUUUUUUGAGAGGGCAGAGGGAGAUUGACAUCCAGACAAUACAUUUUUCUUAUUUUGAAGUUUUCUUUUUUUCCAACUUUUCUUGCCUUAUACAAUUCAGCAUCUAUAAAUUAGGGUUAGGGUUUCCUUUCAAUAGUUUUACUUUGUGUGCUUGUGAGGAUACAAUGCCUGAGAAUUCAGAUCUGGUAGUGUUGGGCUAAUUCAGAUUAACCCUUAUACUUCUCUUUUGUGUUUUGUUGGGUGUUCAGCUGCCAUGGUUGUCUUGUGAGAGCCUUUCCAGUUUUGGCAGACUCAAGGAGGAAAACAGCUUAAACUGUAUAUAUCAAGUAUAGUACAUUACUUAUCUUUGCUAGGAGAUCAAUUUUAGAUUCAGUGCUUCCUUAAUGUUUGUUGGGAAUCUUUUAUAGGAAUUGGACUGACUAUAAAGAGGAUAAAUUAUAAUCCUUUUCUAGAGUGCUGGCAUGAAUGCUGAGGCUGCCAAAAUUGAUAAGUUUGUUAACAGAA